AUGGCUUCUGGCACCAGGAAAUGUGGUUACCUUGGUUUUCUCCUCCCUCUCUGCGUGCUGUUUAUGGGAACUUCUGCAUACCCAACUCAGAUUAGUCGUAUAUAUCCUUUUGCCUGCUCUAACAGCAUCAAGACGUGCAAUUCUUACCUUUACCAGCACAAUGGCUUUAAAAAAGAGCAGAUCGCUUCUUAUUACUCGGUGAAUACGUCACAAAUCAGGCCGAUCACUGACAACAACAGAAAUGACUACCUUGUAACUGUACCUUGUUCUUGCAAAAAUGUUAAUGGCACUGAUGGGUACUUCUAUGAUACUGACUAUACUUUGCAAAGAAACGACACCUUUGCAAAUGUCUCUAAUCAGAUUUAUAGUGGGCAGGCUUGGAAAGUUGGCGGAGAAGAAAACUACACUGCAGGACUGAAUGCCACCAUGCAUCUCUUGUGUGGAUGUGUAGAAAGUGACUCUCAGAUUGUGGUAACUUAUACAGUCCAACCUCUUGAUACCUUAUCAAGUAUUGCAGAUUUACUUGCUUCAGAUGUCGAUGGCAUACAGAGCUUGAAUACAUAUCUGGCAGCAAAUCCAUCAUAUCUUGAUAUCGGUUGGUUGUUGUACGUGCCCAUGGAGAAAAGUGGAGUUUCUCCCAUAAAGAAAGAUUCCCAAAAGAAGCGCGAGUGGAAAAUAGCGGUUAGCAUACUGGCCGUUGUGACAAUGCUCUCAGUAUGCACGUUGCUUGUAAUCCUUCUGAGGAGGAAGAGACCCCAGAGAAACAGUGGGGAGGAUCCUAAAAUGUUCUCUAAAUCUAUAACUAGCAAUAAAUCUUAUUCGUUACAUAAGCAUUUCCAGAGCAAAGGAAACUCGGAAGAUAUCACAGCUAUUGAAUCCGAGAAGCCAGUUGUAUACACUCUAGAGGAGAUUGCAGAGGCUACUGGAAACUUUGAUGAAUCCAGAAAAAUUGGGGAGGGUGGAUACGGGAGUGUAUAUCUUGGGAUAAUGGGAAAGCAGGAAGUUGCAGUAAAGAAGAUGAGAUCAAGUAAGUCCAAAGAAUUCCUGGCAGAGCUCAAAGUUCUAUGCAAGAUACACCAUAUAAAUGCGGUGGAGCUGUUGGGGUAUGCCAGCGGAGAUGACCACCUCUACUUAGUUUAUGAAUACAUCCCAAACGGUUCUCUCAGUGAACAUCUUCAUGAUCCAUUAUUGAAAGGUCAUCAGCCUCUCUCUUGGACUGCAAGAACACAGAUUGCACUUGAUGCUGCAAGGGGUAUUGAAUAUAUCCAUGAUCAUACCAAAGCCAGAUAUGUGCACCGCGAUAUAAAGACCAGCAACAUUCUACUUGAUGAAACGCUCAGAGCAAAGGUUGCUGAUUUUGGAUUGGUGAAGCUUGUUGGCAGAACUAAUGAAGAUGAGUUGAUGGCAACCCGCCUGGUUGGAACUCCAGGAUACCUUCCCCCAGAGUCGGUGAAAGAGCUACAGGUGACGACGAAAACAGAUGUUUUUGCAUUUGGAGUUGUUCUGGCAGAGCUAAUAACUGGUAAACGUGCACUUUUCCGUGAUAAUAUGGAGCCUCAGAAGAUGAAGUCUCUCAUAACCAUUCUUAACAGCGCUUUUGAAGAUGAAGAUCCAGAGAGUGCCCUGGAAUCCAUAGUUGAUGGUAAUCUAAGAGGCAGCUACCCUAUGGAAGAUGUAUACAAGAUGGCAGAAAUUUCGCAAUGGUGUCUAAGUGGAGAUGCUAUUAACAGGCCGGAGAUGCGAGAGGUGGUAGUGGCACUCUCACAGAUUAGAGUUUCAUCAGUCGAAUGGGAAGCAUCACUUGGGGGAAACAGUCAGGUUUUCAGUGGAGUGUUCAACGGGCGAUGA